AGUCUCACAUGCUCGCUAAAAGCAAACAGCAAGUCAGUGAUAGCUUUGGUAAGAAAAGUGUUUUUGAUGGAAUGUCUGCGUACCGGUGAAUUAACAUAAAUGUCGGACGCCGGAGAGGAGUGGCAGGUGGCGAGCCGACGAAAAGGGGCAGCGAGAAAAUCAAAGUCCAUUCAUGUGUCUUCAGCUUCAACAUGUUGCCAGGAACAGCUGGAUACUGGAAAAGUUGUGAAACGGAUCAGAGACACAGUGUCUGAGCUAAGAUGUGAGGAGUUUUGGCAAGAGUGGAAAGAGCAGCUCCUGGUGGUGGCAGGAUCAGCAUCCCUCCCCGAACCUCCAGAGAACCAGGUCACUGAGGAACAGCCGGAAAGGAGCAGAUUGUGUCAACAGCUGGAGUGUGUGUGUUUUGGCCUCGGCUCCUUUUCCUCCUGUGUCUCAGCCCGCUACCAGCUCGCCAUGUUGCUGCUGCUGCUGGAAGCCGGACAGAUUCCACUGAAGGACUGCUCUGUUUAUGAUCCUGCUUUCUCCUCUGCCGAGAGGGACGUUUUAAGAGAACUGGGUCUGACUGUGCUCACAGAGAAUGAGGAGGGGAAGCGUCUGGCAACUAAGCCCACACUCUUUUACCUGAUGCAUUGCGGGAAAGCAUUGUACAACAACCUGCUUUGGAAAAACUGGAGUGUGCAGUCUCUGUCUCGGGUGAUAAUCAUUGGAAACAGCUUCAGUGGCAUGAGGGAGAGGGCGAUUGAGAGAGAGUUCAAGCGGGACUACAGCUACAUCAGCAAGGCGGUGGAUUUGUGCGUGGAGAAGGAGCUGCCCUGUCCAUCCCGGUUCAUUGACAUCUUCGGUGACACAUCGGUCAUCACAUUUCCUUUCAGCAGCCUUAAUGGACUCCCGCUGUCUACAUGGGGAGAGUCACCUGAACCACAGUACCAACACUGCCCUGAUUUGGAGAUUAUAUUGAAGGAAAUGCAGAGCUGAGACAAGACAUGGACACUACUGGACUUUUUUUUAUAUAUAUGUGGUCAUUAAUAAAUCACAGUUUUUAAAUAAACUAUUGCUUUGA